CGCCAGCGCCCGUCACAGAUAUUCAAAUGACGUCGGCCUUUCGAGAUCUGGACCCUGCGUCCUGCGCCGAUUAAUGUGCCUCAUUUCGUCGUCAACCAAAACGUGCUCCAUCCUCUGGCCUCAGCUUCUCAACCCACCUGCCUGUCGAGUACCCUACGCCUCGUAACACCUCUUUCAGUCCCUUGGAACCAGUCCUCAUUACUCGCAUUACCUCGACGACGGUGGCCAUAUAUAGGAGUCCUUCACCGAUAGACACGCCGGCCUCAAACUCUACCAACACUGCACCUCGCGCCACUCCUUUGCUCGAGAGGACCUCUACGACCGAGUCUCUUGCCUUCACCAGCGUUGUACAGUGUACAUCUCCUUUAAACGCGAACCCCGCCAUCGAUUGCAAAGCUGCCGCAUGACUUUGACAAGACAACAUGUCCUGCACGGCGCCCGCGGUCACUCUCGAGUCGCACUCGACCAGCCGGGAUUCCAGCCUUGCAGGUGACGAAGAGCGGCGUCCUCUGUUGUACCGGGGCAGACGACACUCCUACAAUCCUUCGACACGGCGACAAUCCAGCGUCUGUAGUGCCGAUGCCGUCUUCGUGAGGGUCGACCUCUUCCUAACCGAGCUCAAAGGCCGACUUGAGCGACUGGAGAAAUAUCGGCAAGACAGUCUACUCCACUUUGAUGCUCAGCUUGAGCGCGCUUACCAGGCCUUGAGAGAUGUCCGGGACUCCUGUUCGCCCUACCAUUCGGGAGAACUAUUAUGGGGUGCAGCACGGCAUCGCGCUUCGAUGCUCGUUGAAACACUAGAAACAAGAUACAAUGAUGUCAUGCCGACCCGGGAGACGCUCGAACAUAAGGCCCAAGAAGGAAUGCACCUGAUGGAGACAUAUCUUCUGGAGUUGGAGUCUCGUGCUCUUGCACGCAAGAAACAGAUUAUUGACUCGGGCUGGAAAAGUCUCGAUGACUCGUUAAUUGCCACAAGGGAGAUAUUUGAGGAAGGUCUGGACAAAGCCCUUCGUGCACGAGACAUGCUCUCCGAUUCCAUCAGCCAUGCUCUUAGCCGCGCCGCUGAGACCAGGCUGAUACACUACGAUGACCUCCCGACGCCGUGGAGGAAUAACCCACAUAUUCUCCGUGGUUAUCGAUUCAACAAGACCAAAAUCGAGUGUCUCACUUCGAUCUUCCUGCCCUCCAAUGAAACCGUCAACAUCUGGUCGCACGGUAUCGGCCUGAUGAUUGUGCUUGCAUUGGCCUUCUACUACUAUCCCUCGUCAUCGACAUUUCCCCUAUCCAGCAAAUGGGAUGUCUUGGUGGCGGCUUGCUUUUUCGCCGCUGCAGCCAAGUGCUUGAUCUGUUCCUGCAUGUGGCAUACCAUGAACAGUAUAGCGGACAAAUGCUUACUAGACCGGUUUGCUUGCGUCGACUACACUGGUAUCUCAUUCCUGGUGGCAGCCAGCAUCCUGAGCACUGAAUGGACCGCUUUUUACUGCGAGCCGGUCUCGCGUGCGGUCUAUAUGACACUCACCACGAUUUUAGGGAUCGCUGGGGUCAUCCUACCCUGGCGGGAGAGCUUUAAUCGAGCUGAUAUGGCUUGGGCUCGAGUGGCAUUCUUUGUCACGCUCGCAGUGACCGGAUUUGCGCCAGUCGUGCAACUGAACUAUACCCGAGGUGCGGCCUGGACCUUCUAUUUCUAUGCACCAGUCACCAAGAGUCUGAUGGUAUACCUGACUGGAGCCAUCAUUUAUGCAAGCAAGAUCCCGGAGAAAUGGUCGCCUGGCUUGUUCGACUAUGUCGGAGGUAGUCACAAUAUUUGGCACCUUGCCGUUUUGGGCGGUAUCUUGUUUCAUUAUACUGCCAUGGAGGAAUUUUUCCAGGGGGCAUUCAAGAGGGCAAGCGAAGGCUGUUGUGUGGGUUGACGGCUCUUGUGAGCUGUGGUGUGUAUCCAGCUGACGAUGGUCCCUGUUGGUUGAAGGGUAUUGAAGUUCGCCCUGCAGAAUUAUAGAUUUUAGUCGUUUCAAUGAAGCGAGAUUAAGCAUCGAAUGAUCAUCAGUUGCAUUAAAAAUUGUUUGCUUCCCAGCCAGUCAUCAGGGGCGCUUUUUUGGUGGCGGCAUCGAUAUUGGACCCUGCAUGACAAGGCCGAUCUUUGAUAGCCGAGUACGACAAAUUUCCUUUUUGAGACA